GGGGUGUCAGCCUGGGAGAGACAGCCUUGGGGGGACAGCCGUGGGAAAAAGGGGAGGGGGGCCACACCUCCCCUUUCUUCCCUCCUGCUUCAGGACGCAGAGCCAGCAACUCUCGGAGGAAGCUGGAGGGGCCCAUGGAGAAAGUCUCCCAACUUUUCAACCGGAGGACAGGGAAAAAAAAAUAAUAACCCCGGCUCACAAGAGGUGGCCAACAAGGGGACAAAGGCGCUUGCCCCGCCAGCUUGCCCCAAGCUCCUGUCACCUGCUGCCCUGUCUGUGACUGGCUCCCAAGAAGACAGCGGAUUAAGCCCUAAAUCCACGGCCAAAGCCAGCUUCCAGUGGCUGCCACAGCACUGGCAGUGACCCCGGACCCCUCUGUGGACCCCUCUGUGCCACCAACAUCCUCACCACUGGGGACAUACCCGCUGCAGGCGAUUUAAUGAGAGCAACAUAAGCGCUGGGAAGCGAGGGAGAGGCAUCCUUCCCACCCACACAAAGCCAAAGUCACCUUGAGCUGUUCCCCCAAGAGCAUUGGAGCAGGACGAGGAGGCUGGGGAUGUGACAGGCACACCCCAGUUCUGAGAGCCCAGCGAGGGCUGGUCUUUUUUGGGGGUUUUUUGCAGGACCAGAGGUGAGGGGUGCAAGAUGAGCUUGGGGAAGCUGCCAAUGCUGAGCUGGGUGUCAGGCUCCCAUGGCAAGAGGCGGCUGAAGUCAGAGCUGACACCAGACAUGAUCAGCCCACCUCUGGGGGACUUUCGGCACACCAUGCAUGUGGGGCGGGGGGGGGACGUCUUCGGGGACACAUCCUUCCUCAGCAACCACGGUGGGAAUGACACAACCAAAGCCAACAACUUCUUUGCCCGGACGCUGCGUCACGUCCGCCGGACACCCCUGAGGAGCCGGGGCAGUGAGGGCCAAGCAGGGGCAUCGCCUGCCCCCCCGGACAUCUCUCCCAUCAUCAAGAAUGCCAUCUCACUGCCACAGCUCAACGAGGUGACAUACGAUGGAGGAAGUGGACGGGGCUUGACCAGCAAGUUCUCCUUCAAAAGUGCCUCCAACAGCUUUUCCAAGACACACCAGGCCUACGGGCUGGAGUCCGGGUUUUGCACCAUCCCUCGUGUCCCUCGCUUGGAAAAGUCCCAAGAGAGCGCGUUCCCCAGGGAAGCAGAGCUGAAGCGCUCCGACUCCGUGCUCUCCGACUCCCUGCUCUCCUUCCGCCUGGACCUGGGUCCUUCCCUGAUGAGCGAGCUCCUCCAGGUGAUGAACUUCUCCGAAACCAAUGGGAGCGAGGUGGGGGAGGAUGUCUCUGAUCUCCCGUGUGAUGAGAGGAACAAGGACGGGGUCCCUUCAGCAUUGGGUGCUUCCUAUGGAGAGGACAAGACAAUGUCCAGCUUCUGGGACCACUCCAGGCAGAGCAGCCCAUCGGGGGCCAGCUCACUGCCAGGACUGUCAGUCCGUGCCAACGGAGAGGCACAUGCCAUCGAGGGUGCUGGAGAGGACCUUGCCUGGACAUCAGGGAUGAGGGAAACACCCAGAAAAACCCCAUGGCAGGGGCACCGGAAUGACUGCACCAUCGAGGCAGGAGAGUUUGAUCGGGCAGCCCAGGUCCUGGCCCGCCAUUAUGGUGGGACCAGCACUCCCCGGAGCUUAGAGAACGGUGAGCGUCUGCAGGCCUGGACGCAGACCAUGUGGGAGAGCCCCAGCAGCAGCUCGUGGAGGUCGCAAGGGACAGGGGAGAGCCAUUCCCCUGAGGCCAGCUGGAAUCAAGGAGAGGAGGAGGAUGAAGACCGCACCAGCCUGCAGGAGGGGUACACUGGUGCCUGGGUGGGACGCAACAAUUCCUUCGAGUACGCUGAUGAGGAGGAGGAUGAUGAAGUCAAGGUGUGAAAAGCCACCCUCCCCAUCACAGCCCUCCGCCAGAGGCACUGGUGCCAGGGUCUUCACCCACCUCCCUAUUCCCUCACCCUCUGCCACCAGCAGACCUAGCAGGUCCCCUCCUUGCCAAACUGGGAGUACUGGGGCAGGAGGAGAGCCUGCCUCCAGGGGUGCUCCCCAGGGCUGGGCCAGGCUGGCGAAGGCUGUGCAACAUGGGCAUUGCAGCCCUUCCCUGGCCUCACUGAACCAAAGAGACAUUCCCAUGUGCCAAAGAAACCCCAAACCACUUCCUACCCCAUCCUGUUCCCCUGGCACCCUCUCUCCCAUCCAUGUCUGACCCUGUCAUGUCUGUGGACAUGACCCAUCCUCCCACCAAAGCCCCCAACCACCCUCUGUGCUAGCAGAGGUGCCUUCCUAGAGAUAUUACCACUGAUAGCUCUAGCACGUAGGAGAUGGGGGUGGCCCCGGCUCCAGCUGGUGCAAGGCCCUCCUGUAUAGUAUAUCUGUCUACUGAAGGAGGUCAGCUAGGGGCUCAAGGGACAGCCAACCCCCACAGAGCUGGGCUUUCUCUCUUCCCCUCCAAAAACAAAAUUAGCCUUGAGCUCAGCAUUCAAGAGGUGAGAACACACACAGAGAUAAUCACAGGGGCCUUUCCACUUGCCUUCUGCUGCUGAGCCAUCACUUACGAUGGCUCCUUUUCCCACCCCUGCUCUUUUGCAGUGGGAGGGAUAGAAACUUCUUGGCUGUCUGUAGACAGAGGUGAGGCUGUCAGAUCACCAAAUUCUGCAGUUCAGGACCCAAGAAUCCUUUCCUUCCCCCCUGCCUCAAAACAAGCAGACUCCCACUCUGCAGCCACUUGGUCUGUGCUGCCUCUUCUCUACCCUCGCUCCCUCUCCUCACUCCCCAUGUGUGCACCCCUCUUUCCAGCAUACCCCUUACCAGGGGUCCAGGAGGAGGACAGCCAAUGCCCCUCACCAAGUGGCCCUGGGUGAUGUGGCCACCCUAGAACGAGCUGCCCCCCACGCUGCCCCACGUGCAAAUUGUCCCUCACAGAAGCGUCUUUGUGCCACCGCGUGGAGCCGAGAUGCUCAGAGGCUGAGGUCACCAGAGAGACCCUCACAGCACCCCCCUUGUUCUCUGGUACAGGAGGGGGUGUGCAGUGGAGGGAGAUGCUGGGCCAUGGCCACAGGGCUCAGCUCCCACGCAGCUCACCCGGCUGCUUCUGGCAGGGAGCUCUUCAGAGCAGAAAAAAGCAGCUCCAGCAUGCACAUGUGUUGUACAUGGGAGUGGUGCUCACAGUCAGGCCAUCGAAGUUACGGGUAAGCCCAUCUCCUCCAGCAUCCCCAGGCAGUUGCUUUGGGCCAGCUGGCAGCAGAAAGCCAGGGUACGGAGCAGCAGCUUUAAGGAUUCCCUUGCCCUGGCCACUGGCACCCAGCAGGAUCAGCCUUAUCACCCCUGCACGCUCUGGGGCAGGGAUCCUGGCUCUCAGGACAAGCUUCCCCCACCCUUCGCUUCCCAGACAGUAACACAAGCUCCAGACCAAAGCCCACAUCCAUGAAAUAGCCUUUCUGCCUCCACUCUGUAUCCCAUGCAC